CUGGAUUCGGAGGUGAAGACGGCUAAGCAGGUCGAGGAGGAAGAGCGGCGAAGGAGAGAGGAGAGGAUCAUCGACAAGAAGAAGGAGCACCUCAAAUCGAUCGAGGUCCUCAUCGACCAGCUGGAGCUUCCUGACGACGAAGAGGAAGAACUCGUGAGCGACCAGGGCAAUAAACAAUCGCCGGCGGCUCUCCGAGAGAGGCAGGAGUACGAUGCUAUCCAGCGCAAGUACAAGGAGCUCUUGAGCCUCACGGGCCAGCCCCUGUGGACGAGCGCGGAGGGUACAAAGGUGGACUCAAAGGUGGUGACCGCAACCGUUAAGAAGACGGUGGAUCAGGCCAAGGGUCUCGCCGACUCCCCUUCCACCUCCCCAGACAGACGAGACGUGAUCAUCGGCCGAGCGCGAGACUGCGUCACAGCUCUGGGGCCUUUCCUGCUCGCGGUCAAGGCUCUGAACCAGUUGAUAGACGACAUGCGGGCCUGCAGGAGGCCGAUGGAUCGGCCGGCAGUCGAUGCAUCGAUCAAGGAUGUGCAAGGGCUGCACAGCCGUCUCAUGCAAGCCUACGAAGCCUUGCUGGAGUCGUACAUGUAUUCUACGGGAGCGCCAUCGGGCAAGUCGGCGCCCAGCUCUCGCCCGCCCGACGCCUCUCCUGACCCGCAUUCGCCCAAGCCUCCACAGGAGUUCACCGGCGAACAGGCCAAGAAUGCCAUCCUGUACUCCUUCCGUGACUUCUACCUCAACACGGCCGCUCCGCCUGCGCCCGACACGCUCGCCCACCUCAGCUACGUCCCCUGGCAGCCCACCAGGGCCAUGCGCGAGUAUUGCAGCGACGCGAUCCAGUUGUUCAAGCCCAUCGUCGAGGCCGUCAACUCUCCGCUGGCUUCGCUCCACUUCCGAAGCUUUGCCGACCUCGUCACUAAGGAGAUCGAGCUGCUGGUGCCCAUCGCCAAGAUGAUCCAGCACGACCGCUACAAGUAUGCUGCGUUCGACAAGUUCCCGCUGGGGAUCAAGGUCUUCAUCAACUCGGUCGUCGUGUUCGUCGACGCCGUCAGCGUCUACAAGCAGCGUGGCGGCAACGUCGAGUUGAGCACGGCCAACCAUCGGAAGGACGAGCUGACGAACGCGCUCAAGAUGCUCCUCGCCACCAUCCGCAAGGUCAUUGACAACGCCGGGCCGUGA